GACCGAUGCGCAGCUCCUCUCCUCCCAGAAGCCUUUGCAGCAGCUCAGUGGCGCUAGCUGCUAGGCUAGCUGGUCCAGUCGCUGAUCUGUCAGCUCACCCCGCUGGACUCUCACUCCUCCGGAUCGCUCCUUUCAUGGCUGAAGAAGGCCCUCUGAUGUGAGUUCAACUUGGCGCUUGUGAUCAAGGACGGACAGACGGAGACAGACGCGCUGCCCAUGCCACCGCAGUAGAUGUGCUGUCACAACGCUCCUGAGAGAAGAGUGACAUUUGUCUUGGUUUUUUAAUUCCUGGAGCUGCUUCACGCAGGAGUAUUUUUUAAAAAAAGUUGCUGCUCUAAGCCAAGUGUGUCUUUUUCUCAGCCUGUUUCUUUGGACUGUCACGGCUUAGUGUGCAAAACGGCUAUGGCACUGGAGGCCAAGUGAGCAAAAGGACUGUACUGGAGGAUUAGACUGUGAUGUGGGAGUGGGGACUGGACCAGGAGAGCAGGCCCACAGCGACGCACAUCAUGCCGCAGGGACACUAGGGUCCCUGUUUGAGCCCCUUCUGUGUGGCGCUUGUUUUUUUUUUUUUUCGGUUUGGAUGGUUGAGCACAACAAGGGCUACUUUGAAGGAGCCCACCGGUGGCUGUGGUUUGGCCAAAGCUGACAGACUGCUUGCCAGCUAUUGCUGAUUUAGUACCCUUGUCCACUGCUGCCACUGCUCUGUAGCCCUCUUCGAUGUGGUCUCCAGUAUGGUGAGUGGAGGCUGGAGGCGUCGUAGGAGUGGAGCUGAACCAUUAAUACUGGUGUAGCUGAUUUACUCUCCGUCAUUUUGUCUGCGCUGUGAAGGGUUGCGCUUAAGUUUUCAAGGACUUUUUUUUUUUUUUUUUUUUUCCUUUCCCUCUGUCCUGGGGAGAAAAAAAACCCUAUCACACUCAAGGUCAUUUUUUAAAAUUCAAACCACGGAAAGAAGACCGCUCCAGAGGAGGAUGAAGCUGAGGAAACAGGUGACAGUGUGUGGAGGGGCCAUAUUCUGUGUGGCUGUAUUCUCACUGUAUCUGAUGUUGGAUCGAGUCCAGCAUGAUCCUGCAAGGCGGCAGAAUGGCGGGAACUUUCCACGGAGCCAAAUCUCAGUUCUGCAGAACCGGAUAGAGCAGCUGGAGCAGCUCCUGGAGGAAAACCACCAAAUCAUCAGCCAUAUAAAGGACUCUGUGAUGGAGCUCACAGACACAGGAGCUGUGUCUCCCAGUGGCCACCUGCCAUUCAGAAGUGCCAAUGGUUCCUGGGUGCUACCCUUCGAUGGCCGUCCCACUUUCCUCGCUGUCAAGCCCCAGGAUUGCCAGUUUGCCGCAGGCAGCCAUGGUCAAGCUGACGUUCAAAUGCUGGAUGUGUACUCCAUCCUCAAGUUUGACAACCCUGAUGGCGGAGUGUGGAAACAGGGCUUUGACAUUACUUUUGAGCCUGAUGAGUGGGAUAAUGAACCGCUACAGGUGUUUGUGGUCCCCCACUCCCACAAUGAUCCAGGUUGGAUCAAGACCUUUGACAAGUACUUCACAGACCAGACGCAGCAUAUUUUAAACAACAUGGUGGUGAAGCUGGCCGAAGAUCCUCGCAGGAAAUUCAUCUGGUCUGAGAUUUCAUUUUUCUCCAAGUGGUGGGAGACUGCAGACAUACACAAGCAGGAGGCUAUGCGCAAACUGAUCCUUGGAGGGCAACUAGAGAUUGUGACAGGAGGCUGGGUGAUGACGGAUGAAGCCAACGUUCACUACUUUGCCAUGAUCGACCAGCUCAUCGAAGGCCAUCAGUGGCUAGAGAGAAAUCUAGGCAUAACUCCUCGCAGCGGGUGGGCGGUGGACCCUUUUGGUCACAGCGCCACGAUGCCCUAUCUGCUGAAGAGAGCCAACCUGACCAGCAUGCUCAUCCAGAGGGUCCACUACUCCAUCAAAAAACACUUUGCCUCCACCCGGAGCUUGGAAUUUAUGUGGAGGCAGGCCUGGGACACUGGAUCCAGCUCAGACAUGUUUUGCCACAUGAUGCCAUUCUACAGCUACGAUGUGCCCCACACCUGCGGGCCCGACCCGAAGAUCUGCUGCCAGUUUGAUUUCAAGAGGUUACCGGGCGGUCGCAUAAACUGUCCCUGGAAAGUGCCACCGAAAGCUGUGGUGGAGGCCAAUGUGGCAGAGAGGGCACACCUGCUCCUGGAUCAGUACCGUAAAAAAUCCAAACUCUACCGCAGCAAAGUACUUCUUGUCCCUCUGGGAGAUGACUUCCGCUAUGACAAGGCCCUGGAGUGGGAUCAGCAGUACAUGAACUACCAGAAGCUGUUUGACUACAUGAAUACUCACCCAGAGCUGCACGUACAAGCUCAGUUCGGGACCCUCUCAGACUACUUCAACGCUGUAUACAAAGCGCACGGCGUGGCUCAGGGAUCCCGACCCUCUGACUUUCCAGUGCUGAGCGGAGAUUUCUUUGCCUACGCGGACCGUGAAGACCACUACUGGACCGGCUAUUUCACCUCCCGACCCUUUUACAAGAGUCUGGACCGUGUGAUCGAGUCGCACCUCAGGGGUGCGGAGAUCCUCUACAGCCUGGCAGUUGCGAACGCUCGGCACGCUGGCAUGGAAGGACGCUAUCCAGUCUCAGAUUAUGCCCUGCUGGUGGAUGCGCGGCGGUCUGUUGCCCUCUUCCAACAUCAUGACGCGAUUACCGGCACAGCGAAGGAGAAUGUUGUCAUCGACUACGGCACCAGAUUACUGCGUUCACUCAUCGGUCUGAAAAGAGUAAUCAUCAAUGCUGCUCAUUUCCUGGUGAUGAAGAACAAAGAAUUUUAUCGCUUUUACCAAACGGAACCCUUCUUGGAGACGGAUGACAGGCGUGCUACUCAAGACUCUCUUCCUCAGCGCACUUUAAUCGAACUGGACCCAGCAGGACCGAGGUAUUUGGUUCUGUUCAACCCCAUCGAGCAGGAGCGACUGUGCGCGGUGACCGUGUUGGUCAACACGGUCAGGGUGCGCGUGCUCACAGAGGACGGACAGACCCUCCCUGUGCAGCUGAGUGCUCAGUGGAGCUCUGCUAGUCAAAUGAGUGCGGAGGUAUUCGAGGCAACAUUCAUGGUUCGUCUGCCGCCUCUGGGUCUCGCCGUGUUCCACGUUUACGACUCUCCUGAUUCGCCCAUGACACUGCGCUCUGACACCCUGCUCAGGCUGUCCGGUCGGGGGGUCACCGCUCGAGCCUCGGACCCACUUCCUGUCCGCUCACAGCAGUCCGACUCUCAGACCUUCUACAUCAGCAGUCAGACUCUCACGCUUGGCUUCUCUGGAACCACCGGCCUGCUGGAGAGUAUCAAGCGUAAGGACGAUCCUCAGGAAGUGAAGGUUCAGAUGCAGUUUGUGGUCUAUGGCACUCGUCCCUCUAAAGACAAAAGUGGAGCUUACCUCUUCCUACCCGAUGGAAAAGCAAAGCCCUACAACCAGAAAGAGCCUCCCGUAGUGCGCGUCGUGGAGGGGCCUCUUUUCUCUGAGGUGGUGGCACACUACCAGCAUUUCCAGCAAACCAUUCGCAUACACAAUGUGCCAGGUGUGGACGGGUUGUCUAUCGACAUCACCACCAUGGUGGACAUCAGAGAUCAGACCAAUAAAGAGCUGGCAAUGCGACUGGUCACCGACAUCCAGAGCGGAGACGUCUUCUACACAGAUCUCAACGGCUUCCAGAUGCAGCCUCGACGCCACUACCUAAAACUCCCCCUGCAGGCCAACUUCUAUCCCAUGCCGAGCCAGGCGUACAUCCAGGACAGUCAUCACCGCCUCACGCUGCACACAGCUCAGUCUCUGGGUGUCAGCAGCCUGGAGAGUGGACAUCUUGAAGUGAUUAUGGACAGACGGCUGAUGCAGGAUGAUAAUCGUGGGCUGGGUCAGGGCCUGAAGGACAACAAGAAGACUGGCAACCGUUUCCGACUGCUGCUGGAGAGGAGAUCCACGGGCAACAAGAUGACGGACAGCGCGACAAAUAGCUUCCCAUCCAUACUCAGUCACACGACCAACGCCUUCCUAAACCACGAGGUCUUGCCGCUGCCCGUCCUGCCCAAAAGACGCGGCAUCCCUCCUCUGCAGACCUUCGCCCCUCUCAAGUCCAUCCUGCCCUGCGACUUCCACUUGGUGAACCUGCGCAGCAUCCAGAGCCAGCAGGAUCCCCACUCUCCAUCUCCGUACACAGCGAUGAUUCUUCACCGUCUGGCACUGGACUGUGGCCUGGAGGCUCAGAACCUGGGCUUCAACUGCACCACCACACAGGGACAGCUGAGCGUGUCAGGAUUAUUCAAGAACUUGGACCUGCAGCUGCUUCAGCCCAUGUCCCUGACUCUGAUGGACUCCAGCACGCCUCUGGCCAACGACUCCACAAUCAGCUUGGAUCCCAUGGAGAUCUCCGCGUUUAAGCUCAAACUGCGCUAAGAUACUUUUUUUUUUUUUUGAACCAAAAGAGGCAAUACAAACCUCACCCAGACUCCAUGGACCAAGAACCAAGGCCUAUGUCGGGCCACAGACUGGCAACAGAGGGGUCUGGGGGGGUGGGGGUCUCUCUGUCUUGUCAAGCAGAACCACAAACACUACAGCUCGGAGAAGAAGGCUCUACUGUAACAGGACAGACUGCACAGCAGGGGGCAGACGAUAGCUGUUACCGUGGACGUCUCCGACAGCAGCAAAACCCCGGUGAACUUGCAGCCGUUCUAAAACAUGAAAGACUGCCAGAACAGCUCAUCAGAUACAAUCUGUUUGUCUCUGUAUUCGAAAAUGAAAUCUCAUUUAGUUCUGCUUUGUAAGAACUUGUGUCUUUUUCUAUCUAUGCUCCAUCCUGGACUGAACUACUGAAUGUAAAUAUCCCAAAUGAUGAUGGGGGAGGGAGGGCUGGGACUCGUGCCACUUCAGAGUGCAAUUUACAAAGCUUUAUUUGGUGUCUGGGGUUUUUUUUGUUUUUUGUUAUGUACGCAGUGAAGAAGACAUGCAACACAGCAUUUCCUGUUCCUGUUUUGUUUUUUUCUGACAGACUCGAAUGCAGCAAAGCGAUUGUGUGGUCCCUUCAUCUCAACUUGUAAGGACACCCAAGCUGCUGGUCUUUUAAAGCCAUUGUAUGUCUUUAGUCCAAGAGUCCCACGUCGGCCACUAUCCGAUAACAAUGUGAUCAUUAAUCACAUCAGAUGAGCGUUUACCUUCUGUAUGCUGUUCCUGCUUGUAGAUAGUCCGACGACUUUCUUUCCUCCACUUCUUUUCCGCUCUUCCCUGAGCUUCCUCUUUGCUGAUUAGAAAACCGUGGAGGGUUUGUGCAGUCGAAAGCCACCUGUCCGUCAUUCCUGUGCUCGUACUUCACUGCUGAGAAGGUAUAUGCCGUAUGCAGUAGAAGACUAGACAAAGACUAUACCUCAUAUAUACCAUACUGCAGAUAUCAGUGUGUGUAUCGGUAGAGUAUGUUGAUGUGAAUACUUGAGGGGUUAUUUGGGGAGGGGGUGUAUUGAGGUUACAGUGUGUACUAUCAGGGACCAUUCAUAGUACUGUUAGGUGUCAUCCAUCAGUUUGUAUGUCUGUUUAAAGCACGGGGUCAUGUUAUUGCAGGACAAAGAGGAGCGUUCAAUAAAGACCAGAACGGAAAUUAAAGGAGCAGUUCACCCAAAUUCUGAAAUUAGGCACAUUUGCUCCAGUGGUAUCCGACUAUGCAGAUAGAUUUGGUUUUGAUAUUACACUAGAGCGGCUGCUAAUGAUUGUGAAAAAUGCUCAUUAUGAUUCCCCAGAAAGCAAGGUUAUGUUUUAAUCACUUUGUUUGUUCAAACAGCAACCCAAAACCCAGAGUUAUAAAAAUUUGCCGAAAAUUGGUGAGUGAAAGGUGAAACAUUACUCAUUAGAGGACCCGAAACAAAGAAUAUUUUGCAUUUUCACUUGGUAAACGAUGAUCCGAAUUGUUGAUCUAAUUCUUGUGCAGCACUUUAUCUUGUCUUUUGAGUUUUCUACUACCACACCACUACGUUGAAGCUGAAUGGAAUUUCAUUUUUGGUGCUCUGUGCAUGAAAAUGUUUCAUUAAAAGUGACAGCAGCUGGUCUUUCCUGGAAAAAAAAGUGUCUCUGUCACUCUGAAUCACCCGCAGACCUCUCACAAACUACUCAGAAAGAUCCAAUCCCUUACUACAGACUUAUUCUGAGCGGUAGUGUUCACACUGUGAUAAGAUUAAAUAUGCAAAGAACAGACAGUAUGCCUCUUAAAGAAAUGCUUUUUUUCUUGCAGUGUGCUGCUGUUAUUUAACAAUGCCUUUGCAGAGAGGGAACGGAGGAGCCGCUCACAGCUGCACAACAUUAACUGUGAAUGGUGAGCCUCAGGAACACUGCAGUAACUCAAGUCAGUUUAUGUGUAAUUGGCAGUGUCACUAAAGUCACAGGUUGGUGCAUGGACUGCAUCUAUUCCUGCUUGGAUAACUAUAUAUAACAGUAUAUUACAUUAUAAAUGUUGGUAUAUAGUAAAUCUAACUAAUCUAAUUAGUACGUGGUGUGGAAUUGAGACAAAGCAAUAAUCUGUGAAAAAA